AUGUGGGUAUUCUUGGGUUUCAUUCUCCUCACGCUGGCAAGCGCCCAGUGCGCCGAUCUCGCCCCCAAUGCGAACACCCAGCCCUCGGUGGCCGUCAGCGCUGUGAAAGCCUGCCACGGCAACCAGGUGGCACUGCCCGGUACCAGCCUGUACGAGGAGGUCAACGAGUCCUACCUGUCGAGGCUUAACAGCGAGCUGCGGCCGCUGGCCAUCCUGUUGCCCGAGACCACCGCCCAGGUCGCCAACUUUGUCCGCAUCCUCAAGCCGUUUGCCCUCUUGAACAUCGUCCCGUUCGCCGUCCGCGGAGGUGGUCAGCAGCCGGCCGUGGCUUGCAACAACAUCCAGUCCGGCAUCACCAUUGACCUGCGCAAUGUCACUGGCGUCAAUGUUGACACCAAGAAGGGCACUGUGACCGUGGGCUCUGGCGAGCGAUGGGGGGCUGUCUACGAGGUCCUUGAGCCUCUUGGGCUUGGGGUUGCCGGCGGUCGCUCGACGACCAACGGCAUCAACGGCCUCGCUCUGGCAGGUGGGCUCUCCUUCUUCUCCUCCCGUGAGGGCUUCAUCUCAGACAACGUUGUCAACUUUGAAGUCGUCUUGGAGUCUGGAAAGGUCGUCAAUGCCAACGCCAAGGAGAACUCUGACCUCUACAAAGCCCUCCGUGGCGGCGGCAACAACUUUGGCGUCGUUACCCGAGUGACCUUGCGGACCUUUAAGCAAGGCAAGUUCUACGGUGGGAGCGUCUUCUACUUCCCGCAGAGCUGGCCUAGCCAGAUUGACGCUCUGGUCACCGAGCUCACCAAGCCCAAUGCCGACCCAGAAACUCAUAUCAUGCUGAGCACCGGGUACAGCAAGGCUUAUGAGUCGCUGGGAGGCACGUUGUGUCUCAACCAGCUGUACUACACAAAGGAGGCCAACAAGCCCGCCGUGUUGCAGCCGUUUGAGAGCAUGCAACCUCAGAUUGACGCCUUCAACACCAUGCGGAACCUGACUCUUGUUGCCGCCGCCAGUGAGCAGACGAGUCAGAAUGCUGCUUCGACAAGGGCUGCCUAUAUGAACGUGCAUGUCAAGGCAGAUGUAGCGACUCUUCUUGCCGCGACGGAACUCUACAACACUGGGAUUGAACCACUGAAGAACGCGGACAACAUCACCCUCUCUUUUACACUUCAGCCCUACGCCGUCUCGCUCUUGCAGAAGACGAGCUUCCAGGGUGGCAACUCACUGGGUCUCUCCCCAUCUGACGGGCCUAUUGUCUCGGUCUUGUUCCUGACCUGGUGGACUAACAAGGCUGACGACGAUCGGAUUAUUUCGACGCUCAAAGGCAUCCUUGGCCAGAUUGACGCCGAUGCCAAGAGUAGGGGCACCAGCCUGAACUACAUCUACAUGAACUACGCCCACAACUUCCAGGACCCCAUCACAUCAUAUGGAGCAAAUAACAAGAACGCGCUCCAGAAGGUGAGCACGAAGUAUGAUCCUCAAGGUCUCUUUCAGCGUGGUGUUCCCGGCGGCUUCAAACUCUGGAGGUAG